AUGAACGUACCUAAUGGCUUACCAUCAAUAAUUACCUCUGGUGAUGUAUCCCCAACCCGUAUAAGACAUGUGUCAGAUUCAUCAUUCAAUAGCCCCAUCUCGCCAAAAGUUCAAAAACAAUAUCCAAUGUACAUUUGUAUAAAUGAGUAUUCCAAAAGAAUGGAGGAUGAAUUAGACAUGAGGCCCGGUGAUAAAAUUGAGGUUCUAACAGAUGAUGAAGAAUAUAAUGAUGGGUGGUAUUUUGGUCGUAAUUUAAGAACCGGUGAAGAAGGUCUUUACCCCGUCGUAUUUACUCAAAUUAUUAGUACUGAAAGGAAGCCCACUUUAAUGAGAGCGAAAUCUUUAAAAAGAAUGAAUACUGUAAUUGGUGAAGAUAAUAGAAAUAUAUCGAAAUCGUCCCUCAAUGAUUCAGGAAGUGAAUUACCAACUCCACAAGCAAUAGAAACCGCCGCUACUGUUUCCAUACAGAAAGCAGCAAAUAAAGAUCGAACGAUAUCUGUAAAGAGUACCAUGAGUGACAUAGAUAGAGCUCUGGAAGAUUUCAAAAAUGACGAUGUCCCAGAACAUUCGAUCAUUUCUAGCGGAAAUGCUACGCCAAGUCUAACACACGGCACUAUAACGUCAACUACGGAUGAUUUGGACGUAUCCGAUAUUAAUAAUAAACUUCAAAAUUUGAACCUUCCAGCAACUUCAUCAGAUGAACUUUCGACCAUCAAAAGUAAAAACUCAUCAGCCAUUAAUGGUAUUGAAGCCUCUCAAUUAAAGAAAGAAUUAGCUGAAAGUUGGUCUCCAGAAGAGGUAACUGCAUAUUUUAUACUUUGUGGAUUCGAUGUCCAAUCCGCUUCCAAAUUUCAACAACAUAAGAUAUCAGGAAAAAUAUUACUUGAAUUAGAAUUAGCCCAUCUAAGAGAAUUAGAUAUCAGUUCAUUUGGUACUAGAUUUGAGAUAUUUAAGGAAAUAGAGUCAAUUAAAGAAGCAAUAAAUAUGGCAGGGACGCAGGCAAACAGAGCUAGUCUUUUGAUGCCACCGGCGUUUAUUGAUCAACAACAACCUUCAAAUAAGGGAGGUGAAUCGUGGAAAGGGUCACAAUCAUUAGAAAAUGUAGCUCUACGUUCAAUCUCUGGAGAUCAAAGCACACCACAAUUAAAUGAAAAUAUUCCAAAACACAGACCGACUUCAUUAAUGGUUGAGAAUAAUUCCUCUAGCGCAAGACAAAAGGAACAGUUAAAUAUUCCAGGGAUCGUGGAAACAAUAGCAGAAGAUCAAACCAUUUUCACUUCUCCAAGAAGAGCGCCUAAACCACCAUCAUAUCCAAGUCCGGUACAACCACAAAGUUCUCCAUCAAUGAAUUUUAUGAAUUCACCAAACCCCCAUCGUCAAUUCUCUCCAGGAAAUUUAUCUCAUUCAACGUCCAUGAGGAAUAUUUCUUCGAAGUCUAACAAAAAUUAUAAUAUUCAACCACAGGCAAUUACUAGAGCCACGUCAAUAAAUUCCAAUCCUAGAAACAUUUCUAAUGGACAAAGGAACAGAGAUUCUGUCCUGUACACUAAUAUCAACAAGGAAAAACAUUCAGAAGAUUCCUUAAAUGAUAUGAUGAAUAGGAUAUCCACCUUAGCUCCAUUAGACACAGGAGAUGAUAACACCCGUGAUAACUCAACUAUUGAAAGACCAACGUCAAGUAUAUAUACUGCAUCCAUUCGAGAUGAAGAAGAAUUAAAUGAACCACACCAACAACUAUCAUCCGCUCAAAAAAACAAUAAUAAUAAUAGAGGCAGCUCAGCCUAUUUCUCCGCCCAUGGCGAUACAGAUGAUGCAUUUGAGACCAACAAGGAACCGAUGGACACAACUGCAGCAAGCACACCGACUACGGCAACUACAGUAACUGCAACCACCAAAAAGAAAAGAAGUUCAUUUGUCACUAGUCCCUUUAGACAACAGUUUACUCAAAAUGCUCUGAAAAGGACACCUAAAGAGAAAAAACAAGAAGAAACCACCAUCACCGCCAGUCGAACUCCACUAAGUCCUUUGUCUCCUUCUAAAAAGAAAAAACUAACAAGUGCAGAUGAUCCGAAUAGAAGAUCUGUAAGUGCGAAGGAUCAAAAUGUUGAAAGUUCAUCAAAGGCAGCCCUAUUAGAAGAAGAUAUGAAGAAAAGAUCAGUCAGUGAAGCAGUUGUGAAAGGGAAGAAAACUCAUCAAGUAAAGGUACGACCAGGUAUGAAGAAACAGCAAACAUCAGCAUUUGUUGAAGGUAUUAGGUCCAUCUCAGUUAAGGAAGCAAUGAAAGAUGCUGAUUAUUCUGGUUGGAUGAGUAAGAAAGGGACGGGUGCAAUGAGUGUUUGGAGAACAAGUAAUUUUUACCUACAUGGUACAAGACUAUCGUAUUUUGCAAGUACAAGUGAUACUAAAGAACGUGGGUUAAUUGAUAUCACGGCACAUAGGGUGUCCCUGCUAGAGAAGAUGAAUAAAAUUGUAUCACUUUAUGCAGCAAGUACGGGUAAAGGACGGUAUUGUUUUAAGCUUGUCCCACCACAACCUGGUUCAAGGAAAGGGUUAACAUUUACACAACCAAGAGUUCAUUAUUUCGCGGUAGAUAAUAAGGAGGAUAUGAGAGGGUGGAUGGCUACUUUAUUGAAAACAACGAUUGAUAUUGAUACCUCUGUUCCUGUUAUUAGUUCAUGUGCGACGCCUACUGUUUCAUUAAGUCGUGCCCAAGAGUUACAAAGCGAAGCUCGAGAAGAAACAAGAUUGAGGGAACAACAAAGACAGCUAGACGAAGUAAAUGAAGAAGAGAUACUUUGGGAGGAACAACAGAGGAACCCGACUAAUAGCUCGAAAGAGGAACAGCACCAAAAUGGAGCGAAGCACUAUGGAAAUGAAGAAUCUAAUAGUAACAAUGAUGGCAUAACAAAUAGUACUGAACACACAUCAGAAGAUGAUGACCAAUUUUCUACUCCAAAUCUUUCAUCCCAUGCUACUACUACCGCAAGCGCUAACGGGUUCGCUAGUCCAUACUUUCUAGCAUCAGGUGUAAUGUCUCCGGCCAUUAAACGUAAUAAUAGUACAAGAGCAAGCAAGGAUACGAAGAAUAUUACUGAAUCUCUCAAUAACAAUUUAUUCCCGGGAAAUGCGGGCGAGAUGUUUUGA